AUGGCGGUGCAACUGUUGCGGGCCGCGGCAGCGAGGAUGCAACACCUCCUGCUGCUUGCUGAUCCCAGAGCCACGUGGGACCAAGGGACGCUGUCUGGGCGGCUGCCGUUGGCCGAGUGGGUGCGGCUUGAGCCUCAGGGAGAAGGACCUCCCGGCUGCCAAGUGCUGGAGUUGUUCCGCUCCAGCGCCCUACUCGGCUGUACCGCUGUGGCUGACAGCAGGUGUGGAUCGCCUGGGCAGCCUUCCCAAGCCCACCUCGGUCAAGCGAGGAGCAACGCUCUCUCAGACAUGGGCGAAGUAAGUAGGGUCCCUGCACUGCAGCCCCCAGCCCAGCCCAGCCCAGCCCCAACCCGUUUGCCAAGCCAGAGCUUCAGCCUUUUCCUGUUUACAGUUGCUGUAGCUACGACGGCAGCUCCCGACGUCUUGUUCUUUGGGCUGCUGCUGCUACUUCUAGAAGUGACUCCUUUCUUUCAAGACCAAGGCGGUUUCAUACACUCGUGGCAAAAUCCAGACAGUCAAGGAUUUCGAAGGUGGGAAAUGGAAUCUGAUAUUUUCAAGAGGAAAGGCUAUUUAUCUCGGGAGAUUACAAAAGAUUCACCAGAACAGGUGUCAUCUUAUAGCACGACUGAUGAAAGAGUGAGCUCUUCCUUUGGUCUGGGCUGGAUAAACAGCCCAAAUUACUCCUUUCCUGCACACUUCACAUCCUUGCACACUUCUUUGAAUAGCAACACACUGGGAAGAGAUGUUGAUCUACCUUGUGAGCUGAGUCACCCUCAAGCCUUUCAGGAUGUCAAGCCAUUCAAUUACACAACCAACUCUGUUUCCCCCCCUCGUUUAUUACCACCAACUCAGGCUGAAAUAGUCCCUGGCAGUAAAAACAAUGAAAACUUGGGAAUCACAAGUGAUGCUGCUGCUGCUGCUACUUCUCCUCCUCUGAUAACUCAAGAAACUUUAUUCUGUCAACAGAAACAGAGUCCAGGGCAGCAGGAGCAGCUCAUGAUGCACCAGAUGGAGCACCUGCAACGGCUAGUAACGGAACAACAGAAAAUAAUUGCAUUCUAUAAUCCAGGCUUUUCAGCAUGUGCUGGUAUUCCUCCUCACCUCCAUGCUAUGAUUCCAUCUGUUCCAGAAGUCCCAACUGCUGUAUUCCCUGUCCAACUCUCUUUGGGGAGUUCUUUACAAGCUCAGAAUAAUGGAUGCUCACAAACCAGUCCCGUAAUAAUAAACCCUACCUUACAGCAAUGUGCUACCCAAGCCUCAGCAAACGGCAGCUUCUUAGAAGUUUCAAAGGAGCACCUUGAACCUCGAGAAACAGAAUCAUGGCUUGAAACCUUGCCACUCGUUAAAGAAGAAAAAGGGGAACAACAAGUUGAUGAAAAUGUUUCACUUUCCCCCUUUGGACAAAGAAUGAACAUGGGGGCCCGAAAUGUAGAUGACAGACCAAUCAGACCUGGAAUUGGAGUGAGACAGAAAACAUUUGAAGAAUUUGUUGAGGAACAAUUUAAAGCAGAUUCUCAAAGAGCAGAGAAAAAGCAACAGAACUCCUGUGAGACUAAAGCAACUUCUCGUAAGUCAUUUCUGAGAUGUGGGGAAGGUACAGCAAGGCUUGAAAAAAGCAGAGACCAUCUUGGCAAGGAGCCAACCAGACUUCUCAGAAGAGUUAGCUUUGAUUGCCCAAAUAAUUUCCCAUGGUCUGCUCAAUGGGAUACAGAAAAAUUAUUGGGGAGACACCCACAAUUAAAAAGGCGGGUUAGUAGCCCCACAGUGCUGUUCAUGGAUGAUGAAAACACACAUUGGGUCACAUCCAAGGAUGAUCUAAAAGGUCAGCUUAAUAACUGCGAACAAAGGUCAGAAGAAAGAAAAGGCAGCAGUGACUCUGGCAGUCAUCAUGGCAAAGAGACGGUAAACGAAAAAGGAUCUGAUGUACCACCUCCGUUUAACUGGUUCAAAUGUUCACAGGAAUGUCAUGAAGAAAUAAAUGAAAUGAAGGAAAAGGUGACUGAAAAAACUGAAGUCUCAUGUCCUGGGUCUCAAGAACAUUUGGUUAGGGUUGACAACAGAGCCCUAGAUUCUAAAGUUCCAGUGUGGCUUAUAGAGGAUGUAAAGGACAGUGUGUCACAGGUGGUAGGAAGGCCUAUCGAUGCUUCACCAGAUGUCUCUGAGCAAGCCAGUCAAAAGGAUCAGAGCUCUGGAUGUCAGGUUGCUCAAGGUGUGAAUAGGACAGGGCAAUGUGAAAAUGAGUAUUACAUUGCUGUGGAAAAAAGCCCUGAGAUCCAAGUAGAAAUUUGCCCCAGAUUUAAGAAAGUCAAUGAUCAAAUAAUAAAAGUUACACCUAAAUCAGAAAGCAAACAUAUCACCACAAUGGCCAAUUCCCAAAGGAAUAGUGAAGGUGCUGCUAAUGCAUGGAAAGUAAAACCCCUUUCUAGUGAUUCAGUCUGCACAUCUACCGAUAGUGAAGAUGAACCUAAAUCUCAUUGCUCUCAGUACUCCAUAAGGCCUAGGUACCGUAGAGCAGGUAACACAGGCAAGAACAUGGACCUUUCUGAUGCUGACUAUGCCACUGAUGAGCCCAGUGGAGCUGAAGAUUACUCCUUCAAAAGCCAUGGGAAAUUGCCUACCAAAAAGCUUAGUGUUCAGGAGCCAACAGGUCAACAGGAGGCCUCCCUUAUUGAAAGUAGCAGCAGCAACAACAACAGUGUUGAAUCUACUGUUGAAAAUGGCAGCCCGAAAUUUGGAAAGACUCACUCUCCCCUUAGAAGAUCUCCCUGUCAUCUCUCAAAAAUGAUAAGGGAGCCUGAAAAACACAGCAGGGAUAUUAUCGGCAAUUAUGAUGCACAGUUCAGUUUGCAGCCUCCUUCCUUGAUGAGUGACCUUGUGGCCAGCCUUUUCCCUGUUUUCAAGAGGAAAGCAAAUCUAGAAGAUAAGAGAGCUACACUAGAGCAAGUUCAAAAAAGGCAGACUGAUAUGGCAAUGGAAUGUGAACCAGAGGUUCAGGUGCAUCGGAGAGAAACUUCUUUGCUAGCCCAGAUGAAAGAAGAACAAGCAAAAGCAAUGGAUUUUCUCAGAAGACAAAUAAGCCAGUUUGAGGCCAAGAGGCUGCAGAAGUUACAUCCCCUGGAACAGUGCAAGACUGAGGAAGCUUUGAAACUGCAGAAAGAAAGGGCAGAAUUUGAGCAGCACAUAGUAGGUAAAGAAGAAGGAGAAUCAGGAGAAAUACAGGUGCUAAAGCAGCAAAUAGCAGGGCUGCAGGAGAAGUUCAGAAGGAACGAGACCCACUGGCAUGCUGCUCAUGGCGAGUUAAGGAGUCAAGUUGAAGCACUGACCAAGCAGAACCUGGAACUUCAAGAUGAGCUCAGAGUCUCUGAGUUUCAGAAGAUAGAAGCCGAAAGGAAACAUGGAGUUACGGAUUUUACUAGCACAAAAGGAGAAACACUGGUCUCAGCAGCUAUUUUGAGAGGGACAUCUUCUGAAGAGAAUCAGGAAGACAGACCAUCACGAAAUAGCCAUAAGAAUCCCAGCAACAGGCAUAUGGGAAGGAAAAUAGCUCCACUGGAUGAAUUGGCCCCUAGAGAUAGGGAUAUGCAGGCAACAAGGGGUACACUGCAGAGGUCUGAGUCAUUGAAAUCUGCAACAGGAGAGCAAAGAGCGAAGAGCCCAUCUAAAAUCCUUCAUAACAGAAGUGCAACACCCACAGGUCGGAGGACACCCAAUCAAACACCGUUUGAACUACAGAAAGCUUUGCCUCAGUUGGCUCACAAUCAGCAACAAAAUUAUGGAAGGAAGACACCAGUAUCUGAUUCCAACUUGAGUGUACUUAAGGAUAUCAGUCCAGCUCUGUAUGUAAAAGGCACAUUCUCAUCCACUUCAGGUAGUUCAGAAGAUGCAGCACUUUUGAACAGCCGAAACAAUGACAAUUUAAGCUCUAUAUCCUUGAGUAAUGUGGGAGUGCAGGUGAAAGAAAAUCCUAGUCAUAAAAGGGCUCAGGAUUUCAAGAAGUCUUCUGAGCAGGUGGCUUCCAUGACCAUCUCCAAGAGAAACAGUAUUGCCUCAAAUGGCAGGAAUACACCUACGGAAAGCUGUCCUACUUUUUUGGAUGCUAAAAGCAAGGUUUCCCCUCUCAAAUCAAUACUGUCCAGAAGAGCAUCGCUAUAUGUUGAAAGCAAGGACGAUGGGGAAGUGAAAGAAAAAACAGAGUAUCCAGAUGGAAAGAUGAAACAACUGCUUACCGAUGGACGCAGGAUUAUUACAUAUCCCAAUGGGACAAAAAUGGAGAUUAGUGCUGAUAAAAGGACAACUGUGGUUACUUUUUACAAUGGAGAUAUUAAGAAGAUCUUGCCAGAUCAAAGAGUGAUUUAUUAUUAUGCAGAGGCACAGACAACCAGAACCGUUUACCCAAGUGGACUGGAGGUGCUGCACUUCUCUAAUAACCAGAUUGAAAAGUACCACCCUGAUGGUACUGAAGAAAUUGUGUUUCCAGACCAGACUGUGAAACGCCGCUAUGAUGGAGGUAUGAUGGAGGAAACUGUUUUCCCAGAUGGCACAGUUGUCAAAGUAGAAAAAAGUGGCAUUAAAACCAUCCAGUUCUGCAAUGGGAAAAAGGAGAUUCACACUGCUCUGUCCACAAGAAGGGAGUAUCCUGAUGGAACUGUCAAGACUAUCUAUGCUAAUGGCCAGCAGGAAACCAAGUAUUCCUCUGGGCGAGUUCGAAUCAAAGAUGAGAAGGGGAUUCUCAUCCUUGAUAAGAAGUAA